AUGUUGGGUGAGUUCGAUGGAGUUCAAUGGAUUUCCUCUACACAUGGUCAUCUUUGGGGUAAAGUAGGUGAGUUGGCGUACUCUCCGUCCCUUUGUUUGGUCUUUCCGCUUGGUCGUCCUGAACAAUACUCGCCAGGCUACGAGGCAUUAGACCCCUCUUCAGAGGAGUUGGAGGCGGGACCAAGCAAGAUAGGUGAACCUGUUCAUGAAGCCCAUGUCGCGGAGGAGUUGGCAGAGCUGCUCUUCACCAAGGCGAAGUAUGCCGCAGCCGAGGAGCUUCGCACGGAGCUCUUCCGCCGCUGCCUCCACGAGGCGCACGCGGAGCGCGCGGAGCGCCUGCGGCGGCAGCUGGUCACGGUGCUCCGCUGCCAGGGACGACUCGGAGAGGCGGAGGACUUGGCACGGGAGCUCGGCACCAAGGCCGGCGAUCUCAGCUUGUUGGCCUUAAUCCUCGAGGACCGCCUCUCGCGCGCGGUCCUUCGGCACCGAGAACGAGAGAAGCAGCUUUGUGCCACACAUCCCUGGACCCUUUUGUGCUACAGCCGUUUGGCGGCGACUCUGCAUGCGCGUGGCAAGCUUCCGGAGGCGGAGGACUUCUGCCGACGAGCCUUGGCCGGGAGCGAGGUGGAGCUGAAUCAGACGGAGACCUUGCACUACAUCAACAGGUUGGCAAAGGUGCUGCAGGCCCAGGGCCAUAUGCAAGAGGCUGAGGAGCUCCAGCAAAGGAUGAUGCCUGGCUUGAUUUAUGUGGAGUCUUCGGCACUUUUGUGCCUGGUGAAGGGAAACGGAAGAAUGCAAGAUAGCACCUUGACCUCCUUGAGUCACUUGGGCAGCUUGCUCCACGAGCGCGGGAAGCUGCAAGAAGCGGAGGAUCUACUUCGGCGGGUGCUCAGCGAGCGGGAAGAGAUGGAGCCGUUGCAUUUGGACACCUUGUCCUCGAGUUGCGCCCUGGCUGCGGUGCUGCGGGAUGCUGGCAAGACCCAGGAGGCAGAAGAGCUUUACAAAAGUGCGUUGGAAGGCUAUGAGAAGCUGGACCCCUAUUAUGUGGAGACGCUCCAGACAGCGACGGCCUUGGCCAUGAUGCGCCAGAACAUCCUGGGGAAACCGCGCAAAGCGGAGGAGCUGUUCCGGCGCGUGCUCGAGCGCCGGGAAGAACAGCUGGGCCGAAACCACCUGCAGAGCCUCACGGCUGCACGGCACCUGGCGAAGUGUUUGCGACUGCAGCAGAAGUUCUCCGAAGCCGAGGACCUCCAAUGGCGAGCCAUGGAGGGCUACGAAGAGCACCUGGGGAAGUCCCACCCAGAGACCUUGAGAGUCACCAGCGACUUGGCAGCUUUGCUGCAGGAGUUGAACGACCUGAACGAGGCCGAGCGACUGCAGCGCUGGGUCUACGAGGAGCGCCAAACGGUGCUGGGCCCCGACCAUGCGGAGACGCUCAGCAGCUGCUAUGCCUUGGGAGCUCUCUUGGAGACCAAAGGCGCCGAUGCCGACGAGGUCGAAGAGCUCCUGCGAAAGGCCUUGGAAGGCCGACAGAAGCAGCUGGGCCCGGUGCAUGCAGAGGUGUUGGAGGUCAUCAGCCGCCUGGCCAACUUCUUGGAGAAGCUCGGAGAGGUCACCGAGGCACAAAAGCUCUACAUUCAAGAGCUGCAGGCCAUGGAGGAGCUUUUCGGUGUUGGACACAAGAGGACUCAGCAGAGUCGACGGAAGCUGGAGGACUUCUUGAGAAACAUUCGGGAGUCCUUUCCGGAGGAGGCGGAAACUGAGGUGGUCAGUCGAACCAACAGCCGGACCAGCCGCGCCAACUCCGAUGGCGCCAGUCGAUCGAACUCGGUGCCCGAUUCGGGAACUUCAGAUGGAAAGGCCUCUCGCAGGGUCUCUAUUGCGCCCUCUUUCUACCAAGAGGCCUUGAAUGAAGACAGCGACGAUCAGGCAGAGAAGGCGGAGGAAAGUGAUGAUGAUGCUCCGUCUAGAAAGGCUUUGGAUCCUGAAGAUUAUGAGACGCGCUCUGACAUGGAUGUGGCUCGUGAUGCAGAGGCCGAAGAGACUGGGGAAGCAGACGAGAGUCUUGCACUGUCCAGAAAGGAAGAGAAGGCGGAGGAGGAAAGUGAUGAUGGUGCCCGUUCCAGAAAGGUUUCGUUGGCGCCUUCCAUGUACCAAGAGGCUUUGGAUCCUGAAGAUUAUGAGACGCGCUCUGACAUGGAUGUGGCUCAGGAUGCAGAGGCCGAAGAGACUGGGGAAGCAGACGAGAGUCUUGCACUGUCCAGAAAGGCCUCACUGGGCCCUUCUCUGUACCAAGAGGCGUUAGAUCCUGAGGAUUACGAGACGCGCUCUGACCGGGACCUGCAGGAGGUGGAAGACGAUUGA